CGUAGGUGCCAUGGCAACGGAGAGUGCUGGUGACCUAGCUUCCGGAAGCCGGAGAGCUACAGCUUGGAAGCUCUCCUUGUGCAAUGAUGCUGAGUCCGGAGCGCCUAGCCCUACCAGACUACGAGUAUCUGGCUCAGCGACAUGUCCUCACGUACAUGGAGGAUGCAGUGUGCCAGCUGCUAGAAAAUAAGGAAGAUGUUAGCCAAUAUGGUAUUGCCAGGUUCUUCACUGAAUACUUUAACAGUGUAUGUCAGGGAACUCACAUUCUCUUUCGGGAAUUCAGCUUCGUCCAAGCCACCCCUCACAACAGGGCAUCAUUCCUACGGGCCUUCUGGAGAUGCUUCCGAACUGUGGGCAAAAAUGGCGAUCUGCUGACCAUGAAGGAGUAUCACUGUUUGCUGCAGUUACUGUGCCCCGAUUUCCCGUUGGAGCUUACUCAGAAAGCAGCCAGGAUUGUGCUCAUGGAUGAUGCCAUGGACUGCUUGAUGUCUUUUUCAGAUUUCCUCUUGGCCUUCCAGAUCCAGUUUUACUACUCAGAAUUCCUGGAGAGUGUGGCUGCCAUCUACCAGGACCUACUGUCAGGCAAGAACCCCAACACAGUGAUUGUGCCAACAUCGUCCAGUGGGCAGCACCGCCAGCGGCCCGUCUUGGGUGAGGCCAGCAUGCUGGAGGGGGUCGAGGCAUCGCUCUUCUACCAGCGCCUGGAGAGCCUGUGUGACCGGCACAAGUACAGCUGCCCACCCCCAGCACUUGUCAAAGAGGUCCUAAGCAACGUUCAGAGACUGACCUUCUACGGGUUCCUUGUGGCUCUCUCCAAGCAUCGUGGAAUCAGCCAAGCCCUAGGAGCUUUGCCUGACAAAGGGGACCUGAUGCAUGACCCAGCCAUGGAUGAGGAACUGGACCGUCUGCUGGCCCAGAUCCCAGACCUGGUCAACUCAGUCAGUGCCAGUCCAGAGGCCAGCUGCCUGCCUUCCCGGACCCCUCACCGGGCUGGCUUUUCCUGGAGACCCCUCCAUCACGCCCGCAAAGUGGAUGCAGAGAGCGAUGGCUCCACUGAAGAGACAGACGAGUCCGAGAUUUAAGGAGUCUGAAGGGUCCUGCCUACAACACCCUGUACCCAACUCCUACUCCCACCCAACUCCUCCUGUCCAUGUGCCAUGCUGCCCUCUGCUGGUGGAAAGGCCAAAUAACAGCCCCAGUCCAAGACCUGCCAGGGGUUCUGAUAUCAGCCAACCCAAGCAGUGAUUCAAGAAAGUUAGCUUACUCUCCCUGUCCCAGGCGCCAAGCUAAUGGCAGAUUGAACUGAGGUCACCAGGAAGGGACUUGGCCCCAUAGAAGGUUCAUCUCACAGCAACUCCAGGAAAGGAGAAGACCAUGAAUAGCCACACAGGGCCUUGCAUGGUCAGGGGUGGCACCGGUGAUGCCAGUAUGGGAGGACAGGAUCACAGUGGCCUUCUACUGGAGAAAGAGCCACUAGCAUGAUGGGACGAAGGGUGGGCAAGACCAUUUCACUUUCAAACACUGCUUCAAGCCUCCUUUGUCAAUUAGCUAAACAUGAAAUGAAUAAAGUCCCUUGUGUCUGCUAAGUGGUGAGUCUAAACUCACUAGACUGAAGGAGGGGGGUGAAGGAAAGGGGUGAUUUUGGAGUUUUGGUGCCAGCAUCUCAGCUUUUCCAGGAGGUGGCGGCCAGAGGACCACUCAGCCUGGAGAACUCCCUCAGAUAAUGAACAGAGGGGCUUACCUCUUGCCCAUGACAGCCUUUCAAAGGAAAGGUUCUCCUAGCCGGAAUGGGUCUCCAGGGAACAUGCUCUGAGGGUUCAAGGCCAGGUUCCCAUAAUGUUAAAGGCCCUGGCCACCAAGGGUCAGCACUGCAGAGCCUUCUAGCCAGAGUUUCAUUAAACAUUUGCCAAGCACCUGCUCAGGGUUAGGGCAGUGGGGAUGCAGCUGUGGACACAGGCCUGAGGAGUACAAUCCUCCAGCCAAGGCUGAAGGAGGGCAGGGGUCCUCCAGAAAGCAAAACCCACCCAGGGCACCGAGCAGAGCAGGAUGCCUCCUCUGAACCGAAGCCAAAGGUUCCACGACUGAGCGCACACAUUUUCCUGGCACAUACUGUAACCUCCCUGGAGUUAACAGGAACUGGCCCCUAAAGCCCGGUAGGGCCAAGGACUAGAGGAUCCAGAGCUACGGAAGCUCUAGGACCGUGAGAGCUCUCCAGGCCCACAACCAUAUCCAGCCUUCAACUAGUUAAAAGCAUCUGGAAAGUCCUGUAUGCAUGGGAAUCACCUGGGGAGUUUGUUUA